AUGGCGCUGACGGCACCACCCUCCGACGCCGCCCUGUUCCGGGAGCGCGGCAUCACACUGCCGUCGUUCCAAAAUUACAAGCCGUCCAAGGAGCUCAAGGGCGGCCACCGACUCAGCGUUCGCGGCGUCGCGUGGUCCAUCGACGGCCGCAAGCUCGCCAGCUGCGGCGCCGACCGAUCCGUGCGCGUAUGGACGCCCGAGCGCAGCGUCGACGUGCGCGCUUCCACCGAGCUCCGAGGUCACACCGAGAGCGUCGACCAGCUCGCCUGGAGCCCCACUGCGCCGGAUCAGAUCGCCACCGCGUCGGCGGACAAGUCGGUCAGGAUAUGGGACAUUCGCUCGGCAAAGGCGACGCAGGUCAUUUCGACGCCCGGGUCCAACAUCAACAUCGCCUACCACCCGCACGGACACCAGGUGGCAGUGGGCGACAAGGCGGACACGAUCAGCAUCAUCGACGUUAAGAUGGGCCGGAUCGUCGAGACGGUCCAGGACCGCAGCCGCGGGCCGGUCGAGGAGAUCAACGAGUUUACCUGGUCGCCCGAUGGCUCCCUCUUCCUCCUCACCAGCGGCACGGGCAGCAUCCACAUCCACGACGCCCGCAACCCGCUCGAGGGCGACGCCAACACGGCCAAGGGCGCCGCCACGCGCUGGUCCCGCCUCCACACCAUGGUCGCCCACACGGCCAACGUGUUUUGCAUCGAAAUGGACCCCAGCUCGAGGUACAUGGCCACCGCCUCGGCCGAUAGCAUGAUUGGCCUGUGGGCCCUCGACGAGUGGAUGAGCGUCCGCAUGUCCGGCUCCCUCUCGUUUCCCGCCCGCAGCCUGAGCUUCUCGCACGACGGCGAGUUCCUCGCAGCCGGCGGAGAGGAUCCGUGGAUCGACAUUUCAUCGGUGGCGACGGGCAACACGGUGUACAAGCUGCCCGUUACGGGCAUGAUCAACACGCUCGCCUGGCACCCGAGCAAGCUCUACCUCGCCUACGCCGGAGACGAGCCGCCCUCGACGACCGCCAGCGGCGGCGGAGGAAGCGCUGCCUCUAGCGCCGCAAAGGACAACGGCGUCAUCCGCAUCUUUGGCUUGUAG